AAAUAAUUUCCCCUUUGCUGUGAAAAGUUCAGAGUUUUUAAAUUUUUAGCACCGUAUGCUACGGGAGUUUCAUUUCUUGUUUUAUUAAACAAGAGGUGGCUGGCCUCCACGUAAAUGAUUUUGAGCGCCCUCAAUGUCCCUGAAAUGUAAAAAAAAAAAAUAGACUUGCUCCAACUGUUGCAAAGAACAAAAAAAUAGUUUACGGUUAACUCUUGAGUACAAAACUGGUUGCACGUAGGACUAGGCAAGUUUAUGUGUGGCAUCAGGCUAGGUAGGUGUCACGCAAAAUAAACUUGCUCCAAAUGUUUCAACUCUUUGCGCGUUUUAAACAAAGAAAAAAUAACCAGUUUACCGUUAACUAAAGUACAAAACAGGUUGCACGUAGGACUAGGCAAGUUUAUGUGUGGGCUCGGUCACUAUUCAAACACGUGAUAAUGAGAAAACAAUAGAAAACGAUCUGCCAUAAUAAAGUGGUGCCAAAGUGCCAUCCAACAAAUCUCGUGACUAUUUCUUUCGUAAACUCUAAAGUCUCUCCAUCUCACGGCAACGUCUUUGCAAACAUGGCAGAAGAAUUUCUCCCAAAGUUGUUCAGUUACAUUGAUGCACAUCAAGAUGAAUACGUGGAGCGCCUUGCAACCGCUGUAGCCAUUCAGAGCGUAUCUGCAUGGCCAGAGAAGAGAUCCGAGAUCAAGCGGAUGAUUGAAGUUGUUGCUAAGGACCUUCGUGAGCCGUCUGUUGGAGCGACGAUCGAGCUCAUCGAUGUCGGAACUCAAGAGAUGGAGGAUGGACAGGUCAUCCCACUGCCACCCAUCCUACUGGGUCACCUUGGCAACGACCCCAAGAAGAAGACUGUCUGUAUCUACGGUCAUCUGGACGUUCAGCCUGCUAAAAAGGAAGAUGGGUGGGAUACCGAUCCUUUCGUCCUGACCGAAAUCAAAGGGAAGAUGUACGGACGAGGCUCGACCGACGACAAAGGACCAGUGCUGGCGUGGCUGAACGUCAUCGAAGCCUACCGGGCAUUAGGGCAGGAUAUUCCCAUCAACAUCAAGUUUUGUUUCGAAGGAAUGGAGGAGUCCGGUUCCGAAGGGCUGGAUGAGUUGAUCGAAUCCAAGAAAGACACAUUCUUUAAGGAUGUUGACUACGUGUGCAUCUCUGACAACUACUGGCUGGGAAAGAACAAGCCUUGUAUUACAUACGGCCUAAGGGGGAUUGCUUACUUCUUCAUUGAGGUGGAAUGUGCGAGGAAAGAUCUUCACUCUGGGGUCUAUGGUGGAUCUGUGCAUGAAGCCAUGACGGACCUUAUAGCUUUGUUAGAUAGUUUGGUUGACGUCAAUGGUCAUAUCAAGGUUCCUGGUGUGUAUGAUAAAGUGGACAAACUCUCAGCGGAAGAGGCCAAGCUAUAUGACAACAUUGACUUUGACUUGGAGGAGUAUCGGCAGGAAAUCGGUACUGAACGACUCUUACACGACACCAAGCAGAAGAUACUGCAACAUCGUUGGAGAAACCCUUGCUUGUCAAUCCACGGCAUCCAGGGAGCCUUCGAUGGUGCAGGUUCCAAGACGGUCAUUCCUCGCAAAGUCAUCGGCAAAUUCUCCAUCCGUCUGGUUCCCCACCAAUGCCCUUCAGAAAUUGACCAGCUGGUCAUCAAGUACCUGACUGAAAUACACGCCAAACGCGGCUCACCGAACAAAGUAACAGUUUCCUCCGGUCAUUUGGGAGAAAGUUGGUUGAGUGACUUUGACCAUCCUCACUACAUGGCUGGACGCAGGGCCAUCAAGACAGUUUUUGGCAUGGAGCCCGAUAUGACACGAGAAGGGGGCAGUAUACCGGUCACUCUGACGCUUCAAAACGCCACGCAGAAGAACGUGAUGCUACUGCCAAUGGGAGCCUGCGACGACAGCGCGCACUCCCAGAACGAGAAAAUGGAUCGGUCCAACUACAUCAAUGGGGCCAAGCUCAUUGGAGCCUACUUUGAAGAAGUCGCUAAACUGGAUUAAACAUCUUCAUAAACGGUUUUAAAAGAUCAUUAAGUUGGAUUGAAAGCUAAAUUCUUUUGGGAGAUAACCUUGAAGAGUUCGCUAAACUGGAUAAAAGUUCUCGUUAAACAGGUGCAGCAGAUCACUAACUUGGAUUGAUAAACCUGGACUACAAACUUCAACACGGAUCGAAAGUUACAUUAAACUUGCCUGCAAUUAACAAUUAUCACUUAUAACCUUUGCUAACUGGAUUGAUAAGUUUUGAAAGAACUAGCCUGUUAAACCAAGUAGCAAAAUAAAGAAGUUGGAUUGGUAGAUAUUACCAGUUUUGUUGCCCCAUUAAAGGCACUGUGCACGUUUGGUAAUUGUCAAAGACCAGUGUUCUCACUUGGUGUAUCCCAUCAUAAGCAUA